AUGGCUGGACUAGAGAAAGGAAACCAUACACUCAUUACAGAGUUCCUGCUUGUAGGAUUUGAGACUUUUCCCAUGCUGCAGAUAACCCUCUUUGUGGUGUUCUUUGUCAUCUACCUAGCAACCAUUGCUGGGAACCUUCUCCUCAUUCUGACCGUGUGGACUGAUCACCACCUACACACCCCCAUGUAUUUCUUCCUCAGCAAUUUAUCCUUCCUGGAACUGGCUGUCUCCAAUAUCAUCCCCAGGCUGCUGGUGAGUCUUGUGACAGGUGACAAGAUGAUUUCUCUCUCAGGCUGUUUCCUUCAGUUGUUUGUUUUUAGCUUUCUGGGUGCUACUGAGUGUUUCCUCCUGACUGGGAUGUCCUAUGACCGGUACUUGGCAAUAUGUGAUCCACUGCAUUAUGCAAGUAAUAUGAGCCCCAGGUUUUCCUUUCUGCUGGCCUUUGCUUCUUGGGCAUUAGGCUUUGUGGCUCCUUCCUUCACAGUAAUUAUGGCAUCCCUGUUGCCCUUCUGCGGUCCUCAUGAGAUCAACCACUUUUUCUGCGAUUUAACAGCUGUGUUGAAGCUUCCAUGUACUGAUACUAGCCUGAUAGAGAUAGCAGCUCUAAUCUCUGCCUCUACUAUAUCAAUGAUCCCAUUUGUCCUGACCAUCACGUCCUACGUCUAUGUCAUCCUGACCAUCCUGAGAAUCCCAUCCACCACUGGCAGGAAAAAGGCCUUUUCCACCUGUUCCUCUCACCUCAUUGUGGUUUCAAUGUUCUAUGGGGCUCUGAUCAUCAUGUAUGUGGCACCAUCAGGAAACCAGUCUCUGGAUUUCAACAAGGUGUUCUCCCUCCUCUACACGGUGGUGACUCCCAUGUUCAACCCCAUUGUCUACAGCCUGAGGAAUCAGGAGGUAAAAGAUGCCUUGAGGAGAGCUAUCGGUAAAAUGUGGCCUUCCACCAAAAUGUAA